CACAAAAAGGGAAGUCCUGUUUCUCUCACUAGACAUCCACACACACACACGGGUAGAGGGAGAGAGAGUAUGCAAUUGAAGGGCACGGUGCUCGGAUGGGAAUUAUGAAGGGCAGUGGCGGCGGCGGAGGAGGAGAGAUAGUCCAAGUCCAGGGCGGCCACAUCGUCCGCGCCACCAGCCGCAAGGACCGCCACAGCAAGGUCUACACCUCCAAGGGUCCCCGGGACCGCCGAGUCCGCCUCUCCGCCCACACCGCCAUCCAGUUCUACGACGUCCAGGACCGCCUUGGUUUCGACCGCCCCAGCAAGGCCGUCGACUGGCUCAUCAGGAAGGCCAAGUCCUCCAUUGAUAAGCUCGCCGAUCUCCCUCCCUGGCACCCCAACUCCACCUCAACUGCUGGUCCUACCGCCGCCGCCACCUCCAGUUCCGGAGAAAUGCCCCUCGCCGAGCAGCCAGAGCUGGCGGGUGGGUAUGCCGGCGCUGGUUCCUCCUCGUUCAUGCCACCUCCUCCGCAGCUGGAUGACUCCGAUACCAUGAAGCUGUUCUUCCCGACUAGCAACGCAGAACCGUCACAGUCCAUCAGCUUCACUGGGUACUCCGUUCCACACGAGAUGGUGGCUAGAGCCCCACAACAAAGCGAGGAUCUCGGACUCUCCCUUCAUUCCUUCCAGGACAGCUCCGGCGGCCUCCAAUCUUCCAGCAGUCGGGCCCUUUUCGUGGGUACGGGCGCUGAUGCUUUUGAGCCAGGUUGCAGUCAUUACCCAAGAAUGAUGGGCUGGGGUGGAGAUGCGGGCACGGAAGAGGGCCGAGGAGGGUCGAGCCAAGGGUUUUUUAUGAACCAGGGCGGCGGCUCGGCCUUGAUGAUGGUUAAUCCACAGAGGGGACCCCUUCAGUCCAGCUUCACAGGUGGUUUCGAUGAAUUGCCCAUUGCUAUACCAUCCGAUAAUCACCAUCAGAAGCCACCAGUGGUGGCGGUUCAUCAACCUCCUUUUUUCGGCGGGCGGCUCGGUUCGGACAGUCUGUCUGGGUUUUACUUCCCCACUCGGGUUCACGGCAGCAGCGGCAAUGAGGAGCCCAGUGGAAUUGUCUCCGGCAGACCAUCAUCCUCCGCUUCUCCGAGCUCCAGUCACCGCUAAACUAUCCAUCGAUCAAGGACUGUUCAAAAAUCUCAAAUGGUGGAAUCAAUCAAUCAAUCAGUCCCCCAAAGAUGGGCCACAUGAUCAAGAGAGAUCGGAUUCCGUCAAGUCAACCCUCCCUGUCGAAGCUGCCACCAUCGGAAUCGGAAGUAAGGAAAUAAUUUUGUCUGUUUUUGCAAUGAUUCGAUCAUUCGACUGCCCAAUGUGUCGUUUGAGAUAUUUCAAGUCCCACAUUGAUCGAUUUCCCGUUAGUUAGUGGCAAUAAUAAUAGUAAUAUAUAAGUAAUUAUAAAUAUGUAUGUAUGAUGUUUGUGUUUCAUUUUCAUCUUCAUGGGAUUGAUUGCCUAGAGAGGAUUUUUGUUGUCCCCAGCUUUUGUCUGCGAUAUGUUGGAAUUGUUAGUUAACAAGAA